GUGAUACUGGGGGCAAAAGGCACCUCUCUGCGUCAGAGGAAAGAAGUGUGCGACCAGGCUGGGACUUUGUAGAAAUCUUCCACAUAAAACUGCAUCCCUGCAUUUAUAGCACAGAGCACUGAUCUCACAUCAAACUGAAGCAGUGCAAACAAAAUAUAUAUAUAAAAGCAGUUCCUUCCCCAAGUGGGACCAGCACAGGAAGCUCCUGCAAAGACUGACAAGGUGAAGGCAUGAAGUACACAAGCACACGAGGAGGGUUGUCUGGUGUAGAUUUUGAAGGAGUGCUGUUUGCCGGCUAUGCUCCAGACGGAGGAAUGUUUAUGCCGGAACACGUUCCAAAGUUGGACAGAGAUACCCUGCAACUAUGGAGUUCACACUCCUACAGGGACUUGGUAAAGGAAGUCUGUUCUCUGUUUAUUUCUCCCGAGGCUAUUCCCAGGAAUGAUCUCAACGACCUGAUUGACAAAGCCUUCCUUCGCUUCAGACAUGAAGAUGUUGUUCCGGUGGCCAGGUUGGAAAGUGGUCUAAAUGUUCUGGAGAUGUGGCAUGGAGCCACUCAUGCAUUCAAAGAUCUCUCCAUGUCCUGUGUGGGACAGUUCUUAGCCUACUUUUUAAAGAUGAACAACAGACAUGUGAACAUCCUGGUUGCAACGUCUGGAGACACAGGAAGUUCCGCUAUUGAGAGUGUACGUGGAAUUCCGAACAUUGAUAUAAUCGUUUUAUUACCACGCGGGCGGUGUACGGAAAUCCAGGAGCGACAGAUGACGACAGUGAUCGAAGACAAUGUCCAUGUAUUCUCUGUUGAUGGAACAUCGGAUGAGCUUGAUGUACCCAUAAAAAAGUUCUUUGAAGACACAGACUUUGUGAGACAGCAUAGUAUAAUGAGCACCAACUCUGUGAACUGGGCACGAGUGAUGGUGCAGAUUGCUCAUUUCUGCCAUGGCUACUUCCAAUGCGUUCCAACCACAGCUGGAGAAACGCUGCCCCAAGUGGAAAUAGUUGUACCAACAGGCGGAGCAGGGAAUAUGACAGCGGGGUGUAUCGCACAGAAGAUGGGGCUGCCAAUCCAGCUGGUCGCUGGUGUGAACAGAAAUGACAUUAUCCACCGCACUGUUCAGCAUGGAGACUUCUCAUUAAGGGACACGGAGGUGACUUUGGCUUCUGCAAUGGACAUUCAGGAACCCUACAACAUGGAGAGGAUCCUGUGGCUGCUUUCAGGAGCAGACAGUGGGAGGAUUAAGCAGAUGAUGGAAGAAUUUAAUGUGAAGAAAAGGCUCCAAUUACCACAGGAGCUGCACCAAAAGCUGCUGGGUGCCAUGACCUCCUGCUCCGUCACCGACGACGAUAUCCUGAAGACCAUUAGACGCUGCUGGGAGGAGAACCGGUACCUCCUGUGUCCACACUCCGCCGUCGCAACCUUCUAUCAUUACCAACAAUUUGACUCCGGCAACAACAAACCCAGGUGCUGUUUGGCGCCAGCGUCAGCAGCUAAGUUUCAAGACGUCAUUCUCCGAGCCAACCUUACCCCAGAAAUCCCACAAGAGAUUAUUGCCCUGAUGGAGAAGGAGACACGUUCCAUACCACUAUCAAAACAUGAUGACUGGGAGAAAGUACUGCGGGAGAAGAUUGAAUCUAUUGGCCAGCAAAGGCUGCAGAAGCACCGACAGAUGUGAAUUGCUGCUGCCUCUUCUGCAAAUAUGUUAUGGAUUUAGAACAUUAUGCAAUUUGCUGAUUUUAGUAGAAUUUGCAUUUAUACUUAUUAAAGUAACAUUAAUCUAGGAAGCUAAAGGGAACAUAAAGAAAUAAAUAAAAAAGAUUUUCUUUAUUCAUGA